ACACCAUUCUUUUUUCACUUGCAUCGACAGGCCACGCGGAAUCGCUCCGGCCGGGGCCCAGCAUGCGACCUCGCGAGCCUCGGUCACAUCGCAUCACACGCCGCGACUGCCACAGUCCCCGUUCCGCUUCGAGAGAGAGAGAGAGAGAGAGAGAGAGACCCCAGGUCCUCGCUGCAUCUGGCGGAAACCGGCAGCUAUGGCUCGCAGAAUCGGAGCCCGUGGCCCGGCGCGGCUGGUUUCGAGAGAGCGCGGAGGCCGGAGAAGCCAAACCAUGGCCGCCCGUGCCCACCGGUUGCCGGUUGGGCGCCCUCUCCCGGCUCCCGAUAAGUCCACGGGAUCGGGACCGCGCCACAUGCCGCACAUCACAUCCCCACCCCUUCCAACUUCCAAACUCGGCAAACCCAACGGGCAGGCCCCGUGAGCCUUGCCGCUCUCUCGGAGCACUAGCGUCUAGCGGCAGAGAAAGGAAGAUUCGACCCGAUGGACGAUGUGUACAUCUCGGAGGAGUACGUGGCCCGGCGGCACGCCGAGCGGAGGGCCGCGCGGAUCGCCGCGGCUUCUUGCUGCGGAGAGGAGACCAUCAAGCCGCGGGCGGACAGCGAGCAGAAGAGGUGGUCGACGGAGAAGGGAAGAAAGCGGCCUGCCGACGGCGGCAAUGCCGACACGAAUGUCGGCGGCGGUGGCGCCGCCUGCUGGCUGGUAGGGCAGCAGGACGCCGUUCUUAGCUACUUCUCGGCUUAGGAGACUGCUGUCCCGCCGGGCUCCCGGCCCGCUGCAUGCGUGCGUCGAGCUAGGCAAUGCAAGUAGACAUGCCCAUGCGCAAGCGCAAUUGUGUCGAUGGCAGGUUUUAGUUUGUACGUAAUUAUUAGUGCAGGCGAUUUGUGUGUGAUUGUUGGGCGAUAUCAAUUUAGCUAGCUCAUCUACCUUUUUUUUAGCCGGCAGGUUUAAUUCGCAAGAGUAUUGUUACCACUUCUUUCACAUGUCAAGAACACAUCUUUGUGUCGCUCC